AUGCCCCAGUCGGUAAAACGCUCGCUUUCCACUCCCAAUGUGAGGGAGGAUGCCUCUAUACAGGCGGCCGGUGGAUCCUAUUCAACUGAUAAACGACGCAAUAAACUUGGCUACCAUCGAAUUUCAGUUGCUUGUGGGCAUUGCAGACGUCGAAAGAUACGUUGUAUAGCUGCGAAGGACGACCCUAGCGGUCGUUGUUCCAACUGCAUUCGUUUAAAAAAGGAUUGCAACUUCUACCCCGUGGAGAAUACAGAUCGGCGGCAUAAGUCUCCGCCGAAGCUGGACACCCCAAACAAUAAUGAUGGUGGUUCCGCGGGAUCCUCUCCAUCUCCGGUAUUUGGCGAGGGGCAGAUACACCAGAACCCCAACGAGUAUCCUGAAUCGGUUCCCGUAACUCCCACAUCCGAUCAACCGAUGUCGAACUUCGGGGAUAAUUAUCAACCAAAUCGAGAUACAGGGCUCCCACCUCGAAUACCAAUUUCUCAAUCUGCGUCAGUAUCCCGUCGCCCUAGUAUGGCUCAAUUGAAUUCGGGAACAGAAGAGAUAUUUGUGGGCGUUCCUCAGUGGGUGGAGUCUUUUCAACCAGAUAUGCUGGGCUGCGUCGAUCAGCAUAGUUACGAGGACCUGUCGGGGAUAUAUUACCGAUUGAAUUCGCCUCCAAUCUGUGGAGCUCAUUACCCGCAGCACCCUCUUCACAACAUGAGCAGUAUGGCUUCCCUUACUACACCCGAAUCUUUGGAUAGCUACGAUGGCAGGAUAUAUUCCCAGGGGCCAUCUCGAAUGGGGUCCAUUGAUCAGGGUAUGGGGAGCGUCUUUAGUUAUCCGACUACCCAUUCACCGGAGGCGGCGGAAUUUGGCGUCGUACUGGAUUCGCGUUCGGCGAGUGCUCCUACGCCACCCUUGACAGCAUCCAUUUCUGAGGCAUCACAGUUCGGCGCUCCAGGGGAAUCGGGUUAUGGACAACGUUAUAAUAUGGCUCAGUGGGUAGACCAGACGUCGAAUGGGAUCCAUUUUGACACAGAGAGCGUGGCGAAGGAGGAGGAUGGUGUGGCUACUGAUGUACCAUAUUUGUUUCCCGUGGAGGACGGGUAUUCGAUGAAUGGCGAUUUUCACCAACUUGCUCACCCAGGUCAGCACGCGGGACCCAUCGUCAAACCUGAUCAAGAAUUGGGUCUUGAUCACCACUAGGGGAGAAGUAAUUCGUGGUAUCUCGUUUUUGCUGGAGACUACAAAAUCGUUAUCACGCACUUUCAUCCUUCCCAUCCGCGCCUCUUCAGGAAUGUAAAACAAACAAACAACAAAAUAAAAAAAAUCCGGUAUCCUGUCGAAUGGGCAUGGAAGCCCCGAGGGAUCAGUCGCUAUUUUCGCUUGUCAUCUACAGCAACACUUUUUUCUUCCUAAAAAAAACAUGGGUCCCGCCUGCUAGCGGGGCGUGUCUGCAGGGGAGCUGCUUUAUUCGUGGUCCUGUUUUUUUAUUUUGCCUGCGCAUUUCGAGCUUUGGUAUACCGUACCCUACGUAUUGGAUUCUCUUUGAAGCCUUUUUCAAACUUGGGAUACAUCUACUUUACUGUUCCCACGUAUACCACUAUCAUGUUAUGCAGUCGUUUCAGGCAAAAAUCUAAUGCCCCAUAUACCCACACGUUCUCCUCAGUACAUUUUACUCAAGGGGUUUUUUUUUUUUUUUUUCUGAUUACUUUUGUUUCAUUUGUUAGUAUAAGGCUCGGUUUAAGGAAUGGCGAUCAAUUAUUAACACUUUUUUUUUAUAUCUUUUUUUUUUCUCGCCCUGUUCAAUCAGAAAAGAAACUUUGCAUCACCGGAGCAGAAUAUGGAGUGUUGCGAUACAUAUGUCAGAGGAGUACAGUUGGAUUUCAUUUUUCUUCGAUUUUACUUCACAUUCAUUUUGUAUAAUAAGGCUAGAAUUGGCGUUCUCGUUUC